AAUUAUCAUAUAUAUGAAUAAUUAGUUAAUCGUGAAUUGUACAAGUUUUCUUGAAAAGUGUUUAUUCAAUUAAUCAUAUUUUGUUUAACACUUUAUGUUACCUUGUAUUGAUGCUUAAUGAUUCUGCAUAAAUCUUAUUGUUACUAGAAUUAUGUUUAUUAAUUAAUAUCACAUAUCAAAACUAAAACACAUGUAAUCGAUAUAGUGAAGAACAUUUGUAUCAAUGUGGAAGGUACUCAGAAUUUAAAAAUAUAAGAUGCCAGGUACUUUGACCUACCCAAUAUAUGCUGGUGUUGAAUCACCUCCUCAGAGGAAUCGUUCUUAUACCUGGAACAGCCAGCAUCGUUCUGCAUCUAGAGUACUACAAGCUAAUACAAGACCUGGACGAGUCUCACUGACAGAGCCUAUGAGGAAUGAAGCUACUAGCAAGCUGAGAUUAAAAGUGAUCGCUGCACACCAAUUAGCAAAGAAAGAUAUCUUUGGUGCAAGCGAUCCAUAUGUACGUGUUGACUUAAAUACUAUAAAUGGUGAUCAAACUGUGGAUUCUGCCCUCACAAAAACUAAGAAAAAAACUUUGAAUCCCACUUGGGAGGAAGAGUUUAUAUUUAGAGUUAAACCUGUUGAUCACAAAUUAGUAUUACAAGUUUUUGAUGAAAAUAGAUUGACAAGGGAUGAUUUUCUUGGAAUGAUAGAAUUAACAUUAAUUAACCUGCCUAAAGAACAAGAAGGUCGUACGAUUCCUACUAGACGUUAUUUACUAAGACCCCGUAGUAAUCAUUCCAGUCAGCGUUCGAGAGUGAAGGGUACAUUGGAGGUAUACCAUGCAUAUAUUUCUGAUACAUCAAGUGUUGACAAUGAUAAUGGAGAUGCUACAACUGACUCGGGAGGGUGGGAAAUGGUACAACAACCAAAUAAUAGCCCAAUGGAACAGGUUGCAGAUGUUGCCCUUAAUAGACCUCUACCACCAGGAUGGGAAGAAAGACAGGAUGCAAAUGGAAGAACAUAUUAUGUUAAUCAUAUAGCAAGAUUUACACAAUGGGAAUGUCCAACAGAAUCUACUACUUCACCUAGUGGAAAUACGACAUCUGAGAGAAAUUUCAGUACUGCAGCAACUGAAUUUCAGCGACGUUUCCAUAUUAGCGCGGAUGAAGAAAACAGACACAGGAGUUCAAUUAAUCAGGAUGGUGAAGUUCUCCGCGAGGAAGGUGAAGAUUCGGAAACGAGAGAUAAUGAGAUUGAGAAUCAUAGGGGAGGGGGUAUGGGGGAUACUUCUUCAGACUCUGGACAUUCUGUUGAUCAACGUGGCUACCUUAGUGAAAGUGAAGACCAGAGCGACGACAAUGUGGAUAGUCCCGCUGGGUCUAGGCGAUCGUCCGAACAAAUUGAAAGUCCAAAACCGACGCUUCCCGUGUCAAGCGACGAAGGAUUACCACCUGGUUGGGGUAUGCAGAUAGCUCCGAAUGGUAGAGUAUUUUUCAUUGAUCAUAACGAAAGGACAACAACAUGGAUCGACCCUCGAACGGGGCGUCCAAGUUCGAUACCUAACCAUAUUGCCCCUUCUACGACAUCACGAAGCGAUUUAGAUCAACUUGGACCUCUUCCUGAGGGUUGGGAAGAGAGGGUACACACAGAUGGACGAAUAUUUUUCAUUGAUCAUAAUACAAGGACAACACAAUGGGAAGAUCCACGUAUGUCCAAUCCUCAAAUUGCUGGACCGGCUGUACCAUAUUCAAGAGAUUAUAAACGCAAAUACGAAUAUCUUAAAUCCCAGUUAAGAAAGCCUAACAAUGUUCCUAAUAAGUUUGAAAUAAAAGUUAGCCGAAAUAACAUUUUAGAAGAUUCCUACCGUAUAAUUAGUUCAGUCAACAGAGUCGAAAUAUUGAAAACAAAAUUGUGGGUUGAGUUUGAAGGGGAAGUUGGCUUAGAUUACGGAGGUCUAGCCCGAGAAUGGUUUUUCCUUUUGUCUAAAGAAAUGUUCAAUCCUUAUUAUGGAUUGUUUGAAUAUUCCGCUACGGAUAAUUAUACUCUGCAAAUUAAUCCUUUUUCGGGAGUAUGUAACGAGGAACACUUGAAUUAUUUCAAAUUUAUUGGUCGAAUAGCGGGUAUGGCUGUUUAUCACGGGAAACUGUUAGAUGCAUUUUUCAUUCGUCCAUUUUACAAAAUGAUGUUGGGUAAAUCAAUCGAUUUAAAAGACAUGGAAAGUGUUGAUUCCGAAUAUUACAAUUCUCUAUUGUGGAUCAAAGAAAAUGAUCCUAGUGAAUUAGAAUUGACGUUUUGUGUUGACGAAGAAAGCUUUGGUCAUACUUCUCAGAGAGAACUUAAACCAGACGGUGCUAAUAUAUCGCUGACAGACGAAAAUAAAGACGAAUAUAUUGGUUUGGUGAUACAGUGGCGGUUUGUGUCGAGAGUACAAGAACAGAUGAAUGCAUUCUUAGAAGGUUUCAAUGCUCUUAUUCCGCCGACAUUGGUAAAAAUAUUUGACGAACACGAACUCGAAUUACUGAUGUGUGGUAUUCAACAUAUUGACGUAAAAGACUGGAAACAGAACACGCUGUACAAAGGAGACUAUCACGCAAAUCAUAUUGUCGUUCAGUGGUUUUGGCGAGUGGUACUUUCAUUUAGCAACGAAAUGCGAUCUAGACUUUUACAGUUUGUUACUGGCACGUCUCGAGUACCAAUGAACGGUUUUAAGGAACUUUAUGGUAGCAAUGGACCACAGUUGUUUACAAUUGAAAAGUGGGGAACACCAGACAAUUAUCCAAGAGCUCACACUUGUUUUAAUCGUAUUGAUCUUCCUCCUUACGAAAGUUAUCAACAACUCAGGGAGAAAUUGGUAAAAGCAAUUGAAGGUUCUCAAGGUUUUGCUGGAGUGGAUUAGCACGAAAUACCCCUUUUCAUGAUGAUAUCUGUAAUAUAAUGUACAUAUAUACAUACAUAUACAUACACAAUCAUGUAUACUGUCUAAUAUGAUAAACUAUUUAACAGGAUAAACUUUUCUCUGCACUCUGAAGGCUUAGAUGUCUUUUAACUGCUAGUUACAAUAUUGAGACAAAUCAGAAAAAAAAAGUUUAAAUAUUACUUAGCCGCUAUCAAUAGUUCAAAACAAUUUUACGCAUGAUGCACUUUUAAAAUUAUAAGAUAUAUUUAAUGAUAAAAAAACAUUUUGGAAGUAAUCUCAAAUCCUGCUUCGAACACUUAUAAAUUACAAUUUAUUAAUUCACUUCACUUUUUAAAUGUAAUUUCAUAUUUUGACUGUUUACUUUUAAAACAGUUUUUUGGGAAAAACUUUGUUUUUCACUACAGAAAAAAAAAAUAUUAAUCUGAUAUUAAUUGUAAAUAACUUUAAGAUAAGGUCAUAAUCUAUUAAUUCCUUGUCUUACUCUGUUGAUAAAAAUGACUUGUUACGGAAGGAAUUUAUGGAUAUAAGUUUACAAAUGAAAAAAAUUAAAAUCGCAAUUAAAGAACAUUAAAAAAAAAAAGAAAAAAAAAGAAAACCGUAUAAAUUAUAUUGCAUUGCGUUUGUCACGGGUUUCAAACGCGUUACAUUUUGACUACAUUCACAUUAGUACAAUGGAAACAAAAUCUGUAAUAUUGUUAUGUAUACAAUGACGCUACGUAACUUGUGUCAAAUUGUAGCAUUACCUCUUCGAAGUUGUGAUUUUAUUUGUUUAAACUAUUUAAAAGAAAUUAUAUUGUAAGAAGAUGUAGCAAGAAGAAUCAGAGACAUUGUAAAAUACGUAAUUUAAUUAAUUUUAUUUUAUUAUAAAUAAAAGACAAGUUGUUUAAUUUAAAAAUAUACACAAAUUGAACCGAGUAAGAAACACAAUUAACGUGGUUUAUUUACGUAUCAUGUAAACAAUAAUUUUGCCUUAACAACAGCUAUUCUUCUUGUACGUUCUUCUGAGAAUCGAUAGUGAAAAUUAUACUGUGCUUAGCUCAUUGUAUAUAGCAUUAGAUAAAAGAAAUGAGAGACAUGAAACUUGCAUAUGUAUUGUACAAUAUGACAAUAUACGGAAGAAUGAAUACAUUAGAUUUUUUCUUUAUCGAAAGUGAUAUUAUACAACGCACGAAGUUAACUAACCGGAAAUUCCGUGAUUAGCGUUACCUGUAAAUGCCUACUUUGUACGAUAAUAACUAUUCCGAGAAUGUAACAAGCAUUCUAACAAAAAAACGUAUUUAGCAUUUAAAGCUAACGAAACAUUCCAUCCUGUUUGUACAGCUUAUUUUAUUGUAAACUGAUACGUCCCGUUAGAUAAUAAAUAAUUAUUAUUACGAGACAAAUUUUGUGGCCUUAAAUUCUGGUUACUUUGAAUUUUGCGUAUUCCACGUGUUACUAUGGCGAGCAUUCGUAUCGUAUAUACAUGUACAUGGUUUAUAAACGUAAUUUAAAAUGGAAUAAUCUAUUUUGAUGUAUUUUUAAUCGAGUAACUUUAUUUUGACGAUCGUAGAAUUUUUGUUCCACUUGUUGAAUCAAAAUUGUAGUCGGGUAGAAACAUAAGUCUGUUAGUCACCUGCUUCACGCGAUAUUUACUUAAUUGUUUUUCAAUUCAAUCCUUGGAUUAUGUUUAUGUAUUUCAGCGGAUAAUCGCGCCUUUAUUAUCGUGUUUUAAUGUAUCAUUUUUAAGAGCACUGUUGCAAAAUGAUUUCAUUAUAAUUUCAGGUAAAAUGCGACUUAAUUUUUUCGUCUUAUUUAAUAUGUGACACGAUUUAUCGACUCGUGUAUAAAUCUGUAUUGACAGAAAGAUACGCGAUUUAACUUGCGAUUUAUCUCCCCUUUAGUUUGUAUGUAAAUAUAAGAGCAUGUAUCUUGUAAUAUAUCGAUUACAAUGAUGUAUGCAUUUGUACGACACUUACGACAAGUGAAUAUGUAACAAAAAAAAAAAAAAAA